CCCUCUAUCAUUACUGACACUUCUUCGUCUCACAAACUUUUUUAGAGAAUCAACUCUCGGAGUUAGAGAAUUAUGGAGCGGAGCUCUACCAAACGAGCUCUAACUUGACACUUUAUUUAGAGUCUGCAGUCGCCGAGCCGCGUGUCCGCCGGGCCGGCGGUUACCAAGCUCACCAAAAAUCUUUCCAGGUUCGAGGCCGCCCAUGUUCGCCUGCAGGUCUCUCCUCGCAAGGGCUAGUCGGCUCACUCGGCCUGCGAUUCCAAGCGCCGCCGGUUCGCCGCUUCGUUACCUCCACCAGGGAUCAUAUUGUCGAAAUAAGUUGGCCUCAUUCGUGAUGGAAGGGGCGCAAGGAUCAAGCAUUGUGACAAAACACAAUAAAAGGCAGUCUCCUGUGCAGAGAUGGAGGCCAGUUUCAACAGAAGCAGUUCCCCAGCAUCACCAAGAUGACAUUAUUGAGACAUCAAAUUCUGGAAGCAAGAAAAUUAUAGAGGAUUGCAUAGCUUCUAGUGAGAAUUUGCCACCAGAUGGAACAACCAAUGUUGUUGAAGUUACCGCCAAUGAUGCUUCAUCGUCAAAAAAUAAUUUAAGUUUUGGGUACAGUUCAACUAAAGUAGUUAUAGAAGACCAUGCGGAGUUAUCUGGCUUCAAUAAGGAUCUAGCUGGGUCCAAUGUCUUCGGGACACAUUCCUCCUCUGUUGAGGCGGUUCAAAGUCGACAGCUUGACUACUCUCAUUUCAUAUCACUUCCAUUGGCUUUACACCCAGAUCUUGUCAACAAACUGAACUACUUCCAGAGUUCGAUCCUUGGGGAAGAAAACAGUAACAAAGAUGGGAGCCAAAGUGAAGGUUCUAUUGGUGAAAUGGACUAUGACCACAAGCAAGCGGAAGCAAAAAUGGGUGCCAAAGGCUCCCAAUCAGAUUUUGGCAUUGACAAGUCAAUAUUUAUCAAACCCGAAACGUUUCACCUGACGGUUCUUAUGUUGAAGUUGUGGAACAAGGAACGUAUAGAUAAGGCCUCGGAUGUGCUCCAGUCAGUAUCUACCCAAGUAAAUGAAGCUUUGGAAAAUCGACCUAUUUCCAUACAGCUUAGGGGUCUGACAUGCAUGAAAGGCUUUCCAGCUAAGGCUCGGGUGGUAUAUGUUCCAGUGCUGGAAGUUGGUAGCGAAGGGCGCCUAGCUCAUGCUUGCAAAGUCAUAACUGACGCGUUUAUCAAGGCAGGCCUAGUUUUUGAAAGGGACGUGAGAGAACUGAAGUUGCACGCGACCGUAAUGAACGUGCGGCACAGGAAGAGCAGCAGAAAUAAACGGAACACAUGGACGGAUUCGUUUGAUGCCCGGGGCAUAUUCGGGAGAUUUGGGAAGGCGGAGUGGGGUGCAUAUCCCAUCCAUGAGAUCCACCUUUCUCAGAGGUUCAAGUUUGACAGAAGUGGGUACUACUAUUGCUGCUCGUCGAUCCCCUUGCCUGCGGAGAUGCACACGGAGUGAGGUGUGUAGCUGUGAUCAUGUUGUAGGUUUUUAAGGGGCGUUUAUAGCAUAUACAUAUAUAUAUUUUACCGCAGUUCAUGAGGCGUUUAACCUUGUUAUUAGCGUUGGCCCUUAGGGGCCAGGUGUUACCAUGUAUCUAUCUAUCGGUUUGAAUCACCGAUGGGCAGGUGUUACCGUGCAUCUAGUGUUUUGAAUCUGAAUCGCCGAUUUGAGCCGUUGUUGGAUGCUGUUGUAUGUUACAAGCAAUGGCAGGCACUGGUAGUGGGUUCCCUGUUGUAAAGUUGUAGUUGGUGUUGAACUGUUGGUUGUUAUUGCCUUUCCAUAUGGCCCAUUCCAUUGUGCAGUCAACUCA